AUGUCCACUGAAUCAAUAAUGAACAAUUCGUCUCCAUCAAUGAAUAAUAGCGCUUGUGGUGGUACAGGAAGACUCAGAUCAAGAACCUUCUCUCAUAGACCAUCACUAGUAUUUGCUAACAACAUUAAUCAAACAACAAACAGCAACAACACUGCUUCUUUGAAUAUUAGAGAAAAUAACAACAAUGGCUCACCUCUCUCAUCAGAAUCAAUUAGAAAAAGAAGUAAGAGCGCAAUAGGGGUUGGAGGACUCUAUGCACAACUCACACUGAGCUCACACUUCCUUUUAGAUAAAUACGAAGAAGAUUUGAGUGAUAAACUGAAUAAGAUUGAAUCUAGCAAUUUGUCCAUCAAGAAUUUGUUCAAUCACAAGCGAAGAUUAUCAGCUUACUCUAAUCAAAGACCAACAAUAGAAAUUACAAUGUAA